AUGUACAAAAAAAAAGGCAAAAAAACCAGUUCUGAUACCUCUUUAAACUUUAAUACUUUGCAACGACCUAAAGAACAUAGAAUAUUGACUACAUCAGCUUCAACAUCGUCGUCCACAUUAGCAUCGUCUACAGCUACAUCGGUAUCAACUUCAGCCUCAUUGUUCGCAUCAAUAUCAUCCACAUUAGCUUUAUCAAAAACUGUCACAUCACAAAAUAAAAAAAGAAAUGAUAACCUUCCAAAGGAACCACAAGUUAUUAUUCCAAAGAAACCGCAAGUUAUUAUUCCAAAGGAACCACAAGUUAUUAUUGAACCUACACCGUUGACUACUACUACUAGAAAGACUGCUAUUUCUGAAAUUUCAAGUUUGUAA